AUGGUGGCCUAUCGAGGACUGUUUCAUUUUGGAUGUGGAUUUUUUUACAUUUACGGAACCUAUUAUGAUCUGCAAAUUGUGACAGCACAUUCGCAGAGUUAUGGAGGCCGAUUCAAAUACCUUACAUUUCUGAAUUUGGUAAGAAUCGAACGUACUGGGAAUGCUCACCUGCUCUGCAAAGUGACUUACAUGUAUUAAGUCAACUUCAAAUACUCAGGCCAUACGUCUUGUUGAUACUUAACACUAAAAGCGUAUUUCCAAGUUAUGUCGAUUUCGGUUUGCUGUUUACAACAUUACUGUUGCAUUUUUAAGGCUCUACUAUAUAUAACCUUGUAUACAAUAAGCUUAAAUUUACUGUAACUAAGCCGGAUUGUAACAGUUGUAAAAGUUGCAUUCAAAUAAUCCCUGGAUUGAAUUGUGUUUAACUAAAACAUACUGUGACUAAAUGUUCAUAUGCUUAAGCGCACCUCCGAGUGAUGUUCUGGUUUGCAUACACAUGUACAUGCAAAAGAAUUUACAAUUAUGUAUAAUUCAUUAUUUACCCCCCCCGUCAUUAUUCACCUCCCUCCCUCACUUCCACCUCUCUCCAGCUACAUCCACCACUGUAUGACACUGGGGUGGGGGGUGGGCUUCAGGAUUUUGUACUAUAACCUUUCUGGUUUGUCUAAUUAAUGAUCUGGCUGAACACUUCUCAGGGGCAUCCAACAACAAUUUGGACACUGCUAGGAUUUUUGAACUUCUAAUUGCCCAUUUUUAAUGGAUUUUACCCUAAAAAGGUCAGAAAAAAUUAUUUGUAGGCAGAUGAAAAAUUUUUAGGGGAUAAAAAUAAGCCUUUAUCUACCGUUUAAAUUAUGGAAUUAUGUUUAUAUUUUAAUGGUGAUAAUGCUUAUAUUAUGGAAUUAUAUAUUUUAAUGGUGAUAUUAACCAACCUAUGCCAUUAACCAACCUAUGUUGGAGGCUCCCUCAUGGGUGAGACAUUUUUUACUAUUACUGUGACUGUGUGAUGCAGUUAUACCAUAAUGUGUUGCUUGUGAUGGACUGCGUGACUGCGUGAUGCGGUUCGCAAGUCCAACCCACAAAAAUGACCCUUGCUGGUCAACCAGUUCUCAGUAGCUCAGAGGUUAGAGCAUCCGAUCUAGAGCAUGGGGGGUCAUGGGUUCAAAUCCCAUCUGGGGCUCAGAUUUUUUCUGUGUCCUCUUAUGGUUGAUUCUUUACAUCUCCCUUUAUUUCCUUUUUAAUGGUGAUAUUACUCUUAUUAUUUUUUGUGUUUUCCUUUAGCUUCUUCAGUUGAUCUUCUUUAUAAUAGCACCGCUGGCAGAUGUGUUAACCUUUAUAAGAGGGAGAGAAGACAAUUGGCUUGUUAGAGUGCGUGACCUUGUGUUUGCGUCAUUAGCAUUUCCUAUUAGUGUGGUAAGUGCAUGGGCUGUAAGGGGUUUGUCGUUAUCAGUCAUCAUCUUCUUCAUCAUCAUCAUCAUCAUCAUCAGUUUUUUGGAUAAAGCGGAUAAAUUUGAUAAAAUAUACGGCACUCCUUGAAGGGUGGUGUUGGCACAAGGUUGAGGAACAGAGCCCAUGAUUUUUUAUCCUAAGUGGAGACGACCAAAGUUUGUAACCAGCUGUAGAUAUCAGCACAUUCUCAUCAUUAAUUUCAAGACCCUGAGUGUUGAUCGGGUCAGGCUGGGGUUUGAACCUGGACCUCCUGCAAUUUUAGCAGACCCACAGUGCUUAGCUAGUUGAGAUAACCCUUUUUCCAUUCAUUCUAUCGUGGUCAUGUUUGGUGUAUGCUUCAAAGUUUUGUAUCGUUUUGUCUUGUUUCUAUCUGGCAAAGCAAAGAAAAGAAAAAAUAUAAUUAUAUUGAACCAUAGUUAAUUGAGUGGAAUGGUUAUGAAACCCAUCAGACUCCUUUGUUAUAUGUUUUUGUGGACCUGAAAAAAAGAAAAUUUUGAUAUUACCAAUAAAACGUUGCAUUAAUUUAUUCCGUAACAAUUUGCCAACAGAAAACGCACUUUUCUUCCAACAUAAACUCACUGUUGUUUAUUUUGAAUUUUAAAUGACUGAACAUUGUUGUUAUUUUAAUUUUAAUGCCAUGGCACCUGCCUGGGCUCAUGCAGAAAUAGUGCUGUCCAGUGGUCUGGGAACAAUUUAUUUUCCUGCUGUGCAAGUCGAUUUCAUGCUCAUUUAAUUGCUGAAGCCGUUAGGGCCAGGCAAGUCACCUUCUAACUAAAAAUAAUUAUUUAGCCAAGCAUCCAAUUGACCCUGUACAAGCAAAAUGUAAGAUCAAACAACUUUUUGUGAAGUAAACAAGCUCAAAUUCAAGUUUUUCAAGCCCUCAGCAGAAAUAAGACAAUUAUUAUGUCUCAUUUCUGACACCAAAGUCUUGAUUCUAAUUAAUUUCCACUUGAAGACCAUGCAUAUAAUUUACUCAUUUGUUAACUACAUUUCAGUUUGUAGCCACAACAUUUUGGGGAAUAUACAUGAUAGACAGGGAACUGAUUUUUCCUAAAGCACUUGACAAGGUUAUUCCUUCUUGGAUAAAUCAUGUUUUGGUAAGCUAAAUGGCUGACUAGCUCAAGCCGGUUUUCCAUACUAUUUGUUGGCCAUUUGUUAGAAGCUUUCAUUUUGAUGAAUAGUUUCAAUAGUUACAAUUCAAAGUCCACAAAUGAUCACAUGCCCAGUUUAUGAUUUGAAGGUGCAUCUAGAACAUUUAAAGGUCAGUGUAAGUUGAACCCCAGCAUGAAUUUUUAAUUUUUAGUGAAAUGAUGAGAAGCAAACCUAGUAGUGCCCUUUAAGAGGUUUCAUUUGAAUGAUCAAAUCACAAGAUUUAAUUGUUCACAGACUAAAAAAUAAGAACUACGUGAUGAAAACUCACUUGAUAGAGCAUCAUUUAAAAGUCAAGUGUAUUGCUAUUAAUACAGAAAUUAUUCAUUUGAAUGAGUGAAAUCAAAGCAUAUCAUAAUUAUAUCUCAUCCAUAGACUUGAUCAAUAGUUAAAACUUUAUACUGAUAUCAUUGAUUAAUUAAUUAAUGCCUAAAUGUCUCAUGCUGGUAUAAUUCAUUAUAUUAAUCAAAAUUAAUUUUUACUCUUUAUACUUGGUUUUCAGCAUACCUGGUGUGCAGUCCUUAUAAUCAUAGAGGGUGCCUUUAUUAAGCACAAAUAUCCAAAGAAUCGUCUUGGCUUGGGUCUAUUGACCUUCGCUUCUGUAGCUUAUCUUCUGUGGUUAGUAUGUCAGCAUUCAUCUAAGAAAGAUUUCUUGCAAUCAAGUUUACCAGAGUUACAAAUAACAGCCAGUCAUCAGACUAUGUCCAAUUAAACUUUGCCCAUGUACCUGCAGGCAGACAGGAUAACCAAACGAAACACUAAGGUUAUCAUUUUGUAGCUGAAGAUUUGCAUAGUGCAGUAUUAAUAGCUUGUCCUUUUUCAAGUGUAUAAAUCUCUUCUCUAAAGAAAUGGCUUUGAGAAAUUCAAGUAGUGGUCAGAAGAGACACUGUAGGUUCUUAGGAAGAGUAACAUUUUCAGAUGGGUGGGGGUGGAUAAGUUUCGGAAAUAAUGCUAGUCAGCUUUUUUGUUUUGUUUUGUUCUGUUCUGUUUUUUGUUCUGGUUUAUAAUACUGAAGAUAUUGCAUUUUUGUGAAACUGAUCCCCUGACAAAUUUAAUCUUUUGUUCACAAAUUUGAAACAAGGGUCUAGCUUUAAGAGAGUUUUCUCCUUAUGCUUUGCUCAAUUUUUCAUCAAAAUGAUGCCUGACAUAACAAUUUACACUUGACCCUGGGCGCCGAAAGUAGCAAACCUUAUUUUCCUUUUAGAGGCAUAGAGUAGUGAUAGCUUGGGCAUGGUUUCUUUUGCCAACAAAUAAUCAUAAGGUAUGUCUAAAUCCGACACCCUUUUUUAAACAGGCACGUUCAUUACUAAUCCGUGGACUGAUCUUUUCUUUUUUCAGGAUUACCUGGAUUGCCUAUGUUGCAGAGUUUUGGGUAUACCCAUUCCUGCGUGCAAUGCCCAAUAAUGGGAGAGUAGUUUUCUUUACUCUGUCCUUCUGUAUCAUUGUGUUCUUUUAUUUUCUGGGCAAGUGGAAGACCAUGUUUAUCUGGGGAGGUAGGUUGAAAAGACACUAAAUAAAUGGAACCGUGUGAAAUUACUACUGAGGAGAUUUCAUGUGAAUCUUCACACCAUAAGAGACAAUUAAAAAUUAAUUUAAAUAGUACCAAGUGAAAGUAUCUGCUGAAGAAGUUUCAAAUCCUCGCGAAUUGUCACACCAUAGAAUUUCAUCCACAGACUCAAAAGUUAGCAGUACAUUUUAAAUAUAUAGUACCAUGUGAAAGUAGUGCAGGAAAGGACUUGUAGACUCAAAAGUUAGAACUACUACUUAACGAAUAGUGCAAUGUGAAAGUACUGCUGAAGAGAAUUCAUUUGAAUGCAUGGUAACACCAUAGGAUUUCAUUCACGGACUCAAAAGUUAGACGUUCAUUCCAAGACUUGGUAAUUGACUGUCGACUCAAGAAUUAAAAAGGAUUGACACGUAUUUUGUUUUGAUUCCAGGAGAUAAUGACGCAAAUUCAACCACAAAUAAUGGAAAACCUAAAGAUGGGGUCAAAAAGAAAGUCAAAAAAGCAGACUAGCAUUAAUCGUAAACACUUUGAUAAGCUCUAUGUUU